AUGGAUAUGCCUUCCUUUAAAAAAGCUCUUAAUACAGAAUUUAUAUCGACAACUCCCGCAACAGAUAACACUAAUCAUGCGAAACAAAAAAGAGAUGGAUCAGACGACGAAUAUUCUCGUCGCCGGCAUAAACAUCACAAGAAAUCAACUAGUUCCAAGCAGCGCUCUUCCGCCUCUAAAGAACAAGAAGAUUCUAAUUCGGAUUCUUCUUUCGCUUCUAAAAACCAAGAAGAUCCUAAUUCAGAAUAUUCUUUUGCUUCUAAAAAACACAAAAACAAGAUUUAG